UGUGUGUGGUGGGUGGGGGGAAGUGGGAUAGUGCCAACCCCACCCUCUUUCUCUGGCAGGGGGCGAACCUUUGCCCAAAACCUCGACGUCGUGGACUGCGCGAGUUAUCCUUUUAAACACAUCUAUAUUCCGAUUGUUGAAUGAGCAGAAUGAGUGGUGAAGAAGAAACUUGGGAGAAACUGGAUUCAGAAUUUGAUCACUAUGUUGUGGAUAUGAAGCCUUAUGUUUUGAAACUGCCUCAUAAAUCAGAACGUCAGAGGUGUGCCCUUUGGAUCAAAAAGCUUUGUGAGCCUUCAGGUGCAGGCGCAGGUACUGUUGGUAGGAAGAACCGGAACUUGUAUGGAAAGCUGCUUCUGCAUAUGCUGAAGAGAGGAGUGCUAGAGGGCCCCUUUACACAGAAACCAGAAACAGGAACAUUGAAAACGCUUCCUUCGUACAUGUCUAUCUACUUUGAUGAACCAAAUUCAGCAAGAGUGUGGAGCAGCAGCCCAGAAGGUUUACCUGAUUGGGUCAUGGGAGAGCUGGGACAAAAUGAUUCUAAAAUGGAUGAAUCCUGGAAAGUAUCUUUUAGAGAGGAGUCUGCUCUGGUAACCUCACCACUUGGACACAGGGAACAAUAUACAUAUAAUGGGAAGCGAGCACUAAAGUCGCGUUCUAUGAGUCCACUUCAUCUGCCAGAAGAGAACAACUUUACCUCAAAGACACCAGAGGAUCGUCGCACGCAAAAAAUGUCUUUGGAUGACAGUGACCUUGAAGCUCGUCUCAACAGUUGGAAUCUUGGGCUUGAAAAUCCCAGAUAUUUACGUGAGAAACCUAUACCAUUGUCACUGAUGUCACCCAAGAUAGGUAUGAGGAAGCACAAUACUUCUCAAGAGGAACAGACAUUUUCCCGCAUGUUUGAAAAGGAGCUGGAGAUGAAAUCCAAACUAAUGGAAGCUAGAAUUCAAGAAGAAAAGCUUAAAUUACAGCAGAAGCACGAUGGAGAUGUUCAGAAGAUUUUGGACAGAAAGAAUAAUGAAACUGAGGUACUGAAGACCUUGUACAAAACUAAGCAGAGUGAAGCCGAAGAGACCAUUCGAAAGCUUGAAAAAAAAGUUCAGACGCUUGUCCGUGAGUCACAAGUUGUUAGAGAAGCAAAGGAAAAGCAAAUUGCAGAACUAAAGAAGUUGUGUGAGCAAAGUACAGAUUCCUUGAACAAUGAAUGGGAGAAAAGGCUCCAUAAUGCCGUGGCUGAAAUGGAAAAGGAGAAGUUUGACCUUCAGAAAAAACACACGGAAAACAUCCAGGAAUUGCUGGAGGAUACAAAUGCACGACUAAGUAAAAUGGAAGCAGAAUACUUGGCACAAACCAAAUCAACUAACCAGAUGGUCAAAGAGCUGGAGGCCCGUGUCCACCAGUUGACUGUGGAAGCGGAAUCCAGUAAUUUGCAGCAUCAGAAGUUAUCUCAAGAAAAGACCAGUACUGAGCAAGCCUACCAGGCUGUGUGCACAGAACUCGAAGAAGUCAAGGCAAGAUGCAACUCACUUCAGAAAGAAAAGGCCCGUAUUGUACAAGACUUUGAGCAGAACAUUCAGACUCUACAAAGCAAAUAUGAUGAUGACAUAGAUUUGUUGAAACAGGAACAUGCUCUUUCUGCAGUGAAAGCAUCUGAUGUGAUUGAAGAAUUAGAACAGUGUGUGUCGCAAUUAAAACAACAGUUACUGGAAUCAGAACAUCAAAGGCAGCAACAGCUGAGGGAUCAAGAACAGACAUAUCUGCAGGAGAAACAUCAUUUAGAGAGAGAUCAUGAAAAGAAGAUGCAUGGGUUGCAGAAUGACUUUGAGAAGGAGAGGAAGGAUUCCCAUAGGAGAAUACGAAAAAUGGAAGACAUGCUGAGGGAGAAGGAGGAGCAGCUGACUCGGGCGAUGGAGGUACAGAGGCUGCAUGCCCAGCAGGCUGAUGCUGCCCUGGAGGAGUUUAAGCGGCAGGUGGAGCUGAACUCAGAAAAAGUCUAUGCUGAAAUGAAAGAGCAGAUGGAAAGAGUGGAAGCAGAUCUAAGCAGAUCAAAAUCUCUCCGUGAAAAGCAGUCAAAAGAAUUCUCCUGGCAGCUUGAAGAGCUCAAGCAAAGAUAUGAGCAACAGAUAGUAGAGCUGAAGCUGGAGUAUGAACAGGAGAAGACGCACCUAUUCCAGCAGAAUAACACAGAAAAGGAUUGCCUGGUCCGAGAACAUGAACGGGAAAUUGAGAAACUGGAAAAACAGCUUCGGGCUGCCAUGGCAGAGUACGACAAUAAAACCCAAGAAUGCAGGAAGCGAGAUGUACAGAUCAUCUCUGAUAUGGAAGCCCAGAUCCACACACUGCGAGAAGAGCUCAUUCAAGUGAAUACACAGAGAAAACAGCAGCUAGUUGAACUUAGCCUUCUUAGAGAAGAAGAAAAACAAAAAACCGUUCGGGACCAUGAGACUGCCAUGAACAAGCUGAAAGUUGAGUCAGAAAAGAUGAUGCUAGAUCUGCAAAAGACUAAUGCUACAGAAAUGGAGAUGGCACUCGAAAAGGCCAACAGCAGGUUGAAGCAGAUUGAAAAGGAAUACAGUCAGAAGUUUGCCAAAUCUUCACAGAUCAUAGCUGAACUUAAGACAACCAUUUCCUCUCUGACAGAGGAAAACAACCAGAAGCAGCUUGCUGCAGAAAGGCGUCUGCAGGAUGUUUUACAAAAGUUUGAAGAUGAGAAGAAGCAGCUGAUUAGAGAUAAUGACAGAGCAAUCAAGGGCUUGCAGGAUGAAAUUGAAACCUACUGCAAUCAGGUUCGCUCUGUUCAAAAGAAGUUACAGCACAGAGAUCUGGAGACACAGGAACAGGUGACUUCUAUACGGCAGGAAUAUGAAACCAAACUCAAAGGUCUGAUGCCAGCAUCUGUGAGACAAGAACUUGAAGACACAAUUGUUUCGCUAAAAUCUCAGGUGAAUUUUCUGCAGAAAAGAGCAUCCAUCCUACAAGAGGAACUGAGCACAUACCGUACCAGAAGGUAA